AGCACGCAAGUGGCAGCAGCUACAGAAGCAAAGGUACUCGGCUCAGCGGAAGUUUGGGUUUGUCGAUGCACAAAAGGUAGAGAUGCCGCCAGAACACAUCCGCAAGAUCAUCAAAGAUCAUGGAGAUAUGACUUCCCGCAAGUUCCGACACGAUAAACGAAUCUAUCUCGGUUCAUUGAAGUACGUUCCCCACGCCAUUCUGAAGCUCCUGGAGAACAUUCCUAUGCCCUGGGAACAGCUGCGUGAUGUAAACUGUCUAUGGCACGUGACGGGUGCCAUCACCUUUGUCAACGAGAUUCCCUGGGUGAUUGAGCCCGUUUAUGUAGCUCAAUGGGGCACUAUGUGGAUUAUGAUGCGUCGUGAGAAGCGUGAUCGUAAGCAUUUCAAGCGCAUGCGUUUCCCACCGUUCGAUGACGAAGAACCUCCGUUGGAUUACGAGGAUAACUUGCUGGAUGUGGAGCCAUUGGAGGGUAUCAACAUGGAGCUUGACGAAGAUGAAGAUGCCCCCGUAUACGAAUGGUUCUACGACCACAAACCACUCGUAGGUACCCCACAUGUGAACGGUGAAACGUACCGACGCUGGAACCUGCCUAUCCCUGCGAUGGCCAAUUUACAUCGUCUGGGUAACCAGUUGCUCAGUGAUUUGGUGGAUGAUAACUACUUCUAUCUAUUCGACACAAAGUCCUUCUUCACUUCGAAAAGUUUGAAUAUGGCCAUUCCAGGGGGACCUAAAUUCGAGCCAUUGUACAGAGACUCGGAACUGGGAGAUGAGGACUGGGACGAGUUCAACGACAUCAACAAGAUUGUCGUGCGUCAUCAGAUCCGUACAGAGUACAAGAUCGCCUUCCCUCACCUAUAUAAUAGCAAACCCCGUAGUGUGCAUCUCUCUCUAUACCACACACCCAGCAUUGUAUACAUCAACCCCGAAGAUCCCGAUCUUCCAGCGUUCUACUUCGAUCCACUUAUUAAUCCUAUCAGCGGCAGACAUGCCGCCAACCUGAAGCGUAGAGAGCCAACUUUCGACGAAGAAGAAGAGUUUGAACUUCCCGAGGACAUGCCUCCCUUCCUGGAAGACACGCCACUCUACACAGAUAACACAGCCAAAGGUAUCCAGCUGUUAUGGGCGCCAUAUCCCUUCAACGUGCGAAGUGGCCACACGCGUAGGGCUGUGGAUGUGCCUCUGGUCAAGAGGUGGUACCAGGAGCACUGCCCUCCGAACCAGCCGACCAAAGUGCGAGUGUCCUACCAGAAACUACUCAAGUGCUAUGUACUCAACGAGCUACACCGUCGACCCCCUAAGGCGCACAAGAAACGUUACUUGUUCCGCAGUUUCAAACAAACCAAGUUUUUCCAGUUUUCUGAGUUGGAUUGGGUGGAGGCUGGUCUGCAAGUGUGUCGCCAGGGUUACAAUAUGCUUAACCUGCUGAUUCACCGAAAGAAUUUGGAUUACUUGCAUCUGGAUUUCAACUUCAAUUUAAAGCCUGUUAAGACUCUCACUACCAAGGAGAGAAAGAAGUCGCGUUUCGGAAACGCCUUCCAUUUGUGCAGAGAGAUUCUACGUUUGACCAAGUUGGUGGUAGACUCCCAGGUACAGUACCGACUGGGUAACGUGGACGCAUUCCAGCUGGCCGAUGGUUUGCAGUACAUUUUCGCACACGUCGGUCAACUCACGGGAAUGUACCGAUACAAGUACAAGCUCAUGCGGCAAAUCCGUAUGUGUAAGGAUCUGAAGCAUCUCAUAUACAACCGCUUCAACACGGGGGCUGUCGGCAAGGGUCCUGGAUGUGGUUUCUGGGCCCCUGGAUGGAGAGUGUGGAUCUUCUUCCUCAGAGGUAUUGUACCUCUCUUAGAACGCUGGUUGGGUAAUCUGCUAGCGCGUCAGUUCGAGGGGCGACACAGUAAGGGUGUGGCCAAGACGGUCACCAAACAGCGUGUGGAGUCGCACUUUGAUCUGGAGCUGCGUGCCAGUGUGAUGCACGAUAUCAUCGAUAUGAUGCCCGAGGGUAUCAAGCAAAACAAGGCCAGAACCAUCAUGCAGCAUCUGAGUGAGGCGUGGAGGUGCUGGAAAGCCAAUAUCCCGUGGAAGGUACCGGGAAUGCCCAUUCCCAUCGAGAACAUGAUCCUGCGCUUUGUCAAGAUGAAAGCGGAUUGGUGGACAAACACCGCGCACUACAACCGUGAGCGUAUCCGCCGAGGUGCCACUGUCGAUAAGACUGUGUGCAAGAAGAACCUGGGUCGUUUAACGCGACUGUACCUGAAGGCAGAGCAGGAGAGACAGCACAACUACCUGAAGGAUGGUCCCUACGUGACGCCUGAGGAAGCUGUGGCUAUCUACACCACCACCGUUCACUGGCUCGAAUCCCGAAGGUUCUCUCCCAUCCCCUUCCCGCCGCUAUCAUACAAACAUGACACUAAGCUGCUGAUCUUAGCACUGGAGCGUCUGAAGGAGGCCUACUCUGUCAAGUCACGUCUCAACCAAUCACAACGCGAGGAAUUGGGUCUGGUCGAACAGGCCUACGACAAUCCCCACGAGACCUUGUCGCGUAUCAAACGUCACUUGCUAACUCAGAGAGCGUUUAAGGAGGUCGGUAUUGAGUUCAUGGAUCUGUAUAGUCAUCUGAUCCCCGUGUACGAUAUCGAGCCGUUGGAGAAGAUCACGGAUGCGUAUCUGGAUCAGUACUUGUGGUACGAGGCGGACAAGCGACGGCUGUUCCCGCCAUGGAUCAAGCCUGGAGAUACCGAGCCCCCUCCCCUCCUGGUUUACAAGUGGUGCCAGGGAAUCAACAAUCUGGUGGAUGUGUGGGACACGGCUGAGGGCGAGUGCAACGUGAUGCUGGAGACCAAACUCGACAAGAUGUACGACAAGAUCGAUCUGACCCUGCUCAAUCGUCUGCUGCGUUUGAUUGUGGAUCAUAACAUUGCGGAUUACAUGACGGCGAAGAAUAACAUCGUCAUCAACUACAAAGAUAUGAACCACACGAACUCGUAUGGUCUGGUCAGAGGUCUGCAGUUCGCGGCGUUCAUUGUGCAAUAUUAUGGACUGGUCUGCGAUUUGCUUGUUCUAGGUCUACAACGUGCCUCGGAGAUGGUUGGUCCUCCGCAAAUGCCCAAUGACUUCCUGUCGUUCGCUGAGACGGCGACUGAAACACGUCACCCCAUUCGCCUGUACACGCGUUACAUAGACCGUGUGUACGUGUUUUAUCGCUUCGAUGCGGAGGAGUGCCGUGAUUUGAUCCAGAGAUAUCUCACUGAACAUCCCGAUCCUAACAACGAGAACAUUGUUGGAUACAACAACAAGCGCUGCUGGCCUCGCGACGCACGCAUGCGCCUCAUGAAACACGACGUCAAUCUGGGCCGCGCCGUGUUCUGGGAUAUGAAGAAUCGACUACCCCGUGCAGUCACGACCAUCGAAUGGGACGAUUCCUUCGCGUCGGUGUACAGCAAGGAUAAUCCGUCUAUCCUGUUCAAUAUGUGCGGAUUCGAGGUGCGCGUCUUGCCUAAGUGCCGUACGCCUGGGGAUGAGCUUACGCACCGAGACGGUGUGUGGAAUCUGCAGAACGAGAUCACCAAGGAGAGAACUGCCCAGGCGUUCCUGAGGGUUGAUGAUGAACGGUUGGCGCAAUUCAACAACCGUAUCAGACAAGUACUGAUGGCUUCAGGUGCCACCACCUUCACCAAGGUGAUCAACAAGUGGAAUACCGCGCUCAUUGGUCUCAUGACGUACUUCCGCGAGGCUGUGGUCAACACACAGGAGCUCUUGGAUCUGUUGGUGAAAUGCGAGAACAAGAUUCAAACUCGUGUCAAGAUCGGUCUGAACUCUAAAAUGCCCUCCCGAUUCCCGCCUGUGGUGUUCUACACCCCCAAAGAGCUGGGUGGCCUGGGCAUGUUGUCUAUGGGCCACGUUCUGAUCCCCCAGUCGGAUCUGCGGUGGUCUCAGCAGACAAACACGGGCAUCACGCACUUCCGAUCCGGAAUGUCGCACGACGAGGACUCGCUGAUCCCGAAUCUGUACCGGUACAUCCAGCCGUGGGAGAGUGAGUUCAUUGAUUCGCAACGUGUGUGGGCCGAGUACGCGCUCAAGAGGCAAGAAGCACAGCAGCAGAACAGACGCCUGACGCUCGAGGAUCUGGAGGAUUCGUGGGAUAGAGGUAUCCCUCGUAUAAAUACGUUGUUCCAGAAGGACAGACACACACUCGCCUACGACAAGGGAUGGCGUGUGCGCACAGACUUCAAGCAGUACCAGGUGCUGAAGAACAACCCUUUCUGGUGGACUCAUCAGAGGCACGACGGUAAACUGUGGAAUCUGAACAACUACAGAACCGAUAUGAUCCAGGCCUUGGGUGGUGUCGAGGGUAUCCUCGAGCACACGCUGUUCAAGGGAACGUACUUCCCCACGUGGGAAGGUUUGUUCUGGGAGAAGGCGAGUGGUUUCGAAGAGUCCAUGAAGUACAAGAAGCUUACCAACGCCCAGCGAUCCGGUCUGAAUCAGAUCCCGAAUCGUCGGUUCACACUUUGGUGGUCGCCUACCAUCAACCGUGCCAACGUAUACGUCGGUUUCCAGGUGCAAUUGGAUCUAACUGGAAUCUUUAUGCACGGAAAGAUCCCGACGCUCAAAAUCUCUCUAAUUCAGAUCUUCAGAGCGCAUUUGUGGCAGAAAGUUCACGAGAGUGUGGUUAUGGAUUUAUGUCAAGUGUUCGAUCAAGAGCUGGACGCGCUCGACAUCGAAACCGUGCAGAAGGAAACCAUCCACCCGCGUAAGAGUUACAAGAUGAACUCGUCUUGUGCCGAUAUCCUGCUGUUUGCCACGUACAAGUGGAACGUGUCUAAGCCGUCGCUGCUCAACGACACACGUGACACCGCCGACAGCACGUCGACGCAGAAGUAUUGGAUCGAUGUGCAGUUGCGCUGGGGUGAUUUCGACUCGCACGAUAUCGAGCGAUACACGCGUGCAAAAUUCCUGGAUUACACCACGGACAACAUGUCCAUCUAUCCAUCCGCAUCAGGCACGCUCAUUGCGAUCGAUCUGGCAUACAACCUACACUCGGCCUACGGGAACUGGUUCCCGGGUGCCAAGCCGCUGAUCACACAAGCACUGGGCAAGAUCAUGAAGGCUAACCCUGCACUCUACGUACUGCGCGAGCGUGUGCGUAAGGCGCUGCAGCUAUACUCGUCAGAGCCCACGGAACCUUAUCUGUCGUCUCAGAAUUACGGAGAGUUGUUCAGUAACCAAAUCAUCUGGUUUGUUGAUGAUACCAACGUAUACCGAGUAACCAUCCACAAGACCUUCGAGGGUAAUUUGACCACCAAGCCCAUCAACGGAGCUAUCUUCAUCUUCAACCCCCGAACCGGUCAGCUGUUCCUGAAGAUCAUCCACACAAGCGUAUGGGCGGGACAGAAGCGUCUGGGUCAGUUGGCGAAGUGGAAGACGGCCGAGGAAGUGGCGGCGCUUAUUCGUUCGCUGCCCGUCGAAGAACAGCCCAAGCAGAUCGUGGUCACCAGAAAGGGUAUGCUGGAUCCCCUCGAGGUGCAUCUGCUGGAUUUCCCGAAUAUUGUGAUCAAGGGCAGUGAGCUGCAGUUACCUUUCCAGGCGUGUAUGAAGAUCGAGAAGUUUGGUGACUUGAUCCUGAAGGCUACGGAGCCGCAGAUGGUGCUGUUCAAUCUGUUCGACGACUGGCUGAAGACUAUCAGUAGUUACACGGCCUUCUCCCGUCUCAUUCUGUUGCUAAGGGCGCUGCAUGUGAACCCCGAUAAGACGAAGGUUAUUAUCAAGCCAGACAAGACCACCAUCACGGAGCCCCAUCACAUCUGGCCCACAUUGACGGAUGAUGAGUGGACUAAGGUGGAGGUGGCUCUAAAGGAUCUGAUCUUGGCUGACUACGGUAAGAAGAACAACGUCAACGUCUCAUCACUGACACAGAGUGAGAUUCGAGAUAUCAUCUUGGGUAUGGAGAUCUCGGCGCCCAGUGCUCAGCGUCUACAGAUUGCGGAGAUUGAGAAGCAAACGAAGGAGCAGUCUCAAAUGACAGCUGUGACUACGCGCACAACCAACGUUCACGGUGAUGAAAUGUAUGUCACCACUACGAGCAACUACGAGACGCAGACCUUCUCGUCCAAGACUGAGUGGCGUGUACGUGCUAUCUCGGCAACGAAUCUACACUUGCGUACGAACCACAUCUACGUAUCGUCAGAGAACAUCAAGGAAACAGGAUAUACGUAUCUCCUGCCGAAGAAUCUGUUGAAGAAGUUUGUGAUUGUUUCGGAUUUGCGAACGCAGAUCUCAGGAUACUUGUAUGGAGUGCAUCCCGAGGAUAACCCGCAGGUGUAUGAGAUUCGAUGUAUAGUGAUGGUGCCCCAAUGGGGUACGCAUCAGACUGUGCAUCUCCCACACAUGCUGCCCGACCACGAGUUCCUGAAGGAUAUGGAGCCUCUCGGAUGGAUCCACACUCAGCCGAAUGAGACCCCUCAGCUGUCACCACAAGAUGUGACAACGCAUGCCAAAAUCAUGGCGGAGAAUCCAUCUUGGGAUGGAGAAAAGAGUGUGUGCAUCACGUGCAGUUUCACACCCGGUUCCGUAUCGCUAACGGCAUAUAAACUCACUCCCUCUGGUUUCGAGUGGGGUAAGAAUAACAAGGAUACAGGAAAUAAUCCUCACGGAUACUUGCCCUCUUUCUAUGAGAAGGUCCAGAUGCUGCUUGCUGAUAGGUUCCUAGGAUUCUUUAUGGUGCCAUCAUUGGGAUCAUGGAAUUAUAACUUCAUGGGUGUCAAACACACGCCCACUAUGAAAUACGAUAUCAGCAUUGGUGUGCCACGUGAGUUUUACCACGAACAACAUCGUCCGUCACACUUCCUGCAGUUCGCGUCACUUGAGGAUGCAAAGCUGGCACAGACGGAUAGGGAAGAUACUUUUGAGUAGUGUGAAAGAAUGGGAAAAGUACGCGAUGCAAAUAAACGGUGAUUAUACAUUUCAAAGUGAA